AUGCCUCCGAGUGUACAGUGGGUAUCCCCGAGAAGACGCCAGCAUGCCUCGACGAAGCCGCGGUUCAGUAGUCCAUGGAGACAUAGACAAGGAAGCGUCUUAGAUCCUCUUCUGGUCGUAGGGACGCAGAGAAUUAACACAACUGCAAGGAAAUAUAAAAAGAAGAAUGGUAGCGACGACUGUGAAUCUCGACAGAAUACGCUCCAUCACUAUUUUCUCUGUCGAGACAUAAUCGGGGGAUGCUCGAAAAUCCAACGCGACUCUCGUCACGCUCAUCCUGUGGAUAAUGAACAAAAAGUUCAAAAAGCGUGGAUCAUUUCGAUUCUCGCUUUACAGUCGCGUAUAUCCAGCAUGCACCAAGUGCAAGACCGCGUAGGUCCGAGAAGAGAUGGAGGUUAA